GGGGUUGUCAGAUAGAUUUAUUAAUGAAUUUCUUCUUGGACUGCUGAGACUGUCUACUAAGUUGAUAAAACAUCUUAAAUCCUACUCUAACAAUUUUUCAUCCGGCAACAAGUGAGAAAUGGAGGAAUGGACAAUUUGUCGUCUUUGUCUCCAGGCAAAUGAAAAUACCAUGAAAUCCUUUCCAGACGUCACAUAUAACAUGAUUCCGUUCUUUAAUAUCUAUUUUGAACUGAUUGGUAUCACGUUGAAAGAAUAUCCAACAUUCCCAGCGAAAAUUUGUCCAUCUUGCGAAUAUGAAAUGGUACAAGCAUACAAGUUCCGGGAAAGAUGUCUGGAGACUGAAGAGAAACUUAAAGAUAUGUUAGAUGAAGAGAACACAGUAAGGGAUGAGAAUUUUGAAUGUAUUGUCCCAGUUAAAUCUGCCCAAACUGAAAAGUACAAGUCACGGGAAACAUCUGCAGCUCAAGUCAAAACGAAUGAACAAAAUCCAAAUAAAUCAAAGAACAGUAUCAAAAAGUACUCGCCAGAGCUGUUGGAGGAGCUCAAAGAUAAGAAUAUUAAAUGCAAGCGCUGCAUGAAUACCUAUUUAGGACUAGAUUUAUUCAAAGUCCACAAAUGUCCUAAGACAAGUACCCCUGAAACGCAUCAGAAACAACCAAAAAAGAAAGCUAGGCGGAAAAUAUUUCAAUGUAAGGACUGUUCCAAGUUCUUCCGAUCUCGAACUGGAUACAAUAUUCAUAUGGACAAACAUAAAAACAAUAAGAGAUAUGAAUGUCUACACUGCGGUAAAGGAUUUUUCCAUUGGAUGGCCAGAAGGACACAUACCUAUAAAGUUCAUCUCAAUAAGACCGUUUAUGAAUGUGCUGAUUGCGGUGAAGGGUUCUAUCUGAAACAUAAACUAUCCAAGCAUAUUGCAAGGGUUCAUUUAAAGUCCCACUACUUCCAGUGCGAGGUGUGCGGGAAGAAAAUGAGUGGAAAUUCAAGUAAGCAUAGCCAUAUGCUGACCCACACUGAAAAAGGCACUUGCGAAAUCUGUGGAAAGGAAUUGAAAAACAUGAAUACUCUCAAGCAACAUCUCAAAACGCAUAGCGGUGAAAAGAAUUAUGAGUGCACUGUAUGUGGAGGUUCUUUUACAUGCAAUUUCUCACUGAAAAAUCACAUUCGGAAGCUCCAUCCGAACCAAACACACAUUAUACCACCGGAUGGGACCAUUGUCAAUGUAAAAUUUCUCAAGAAACGUGCUGAAUUUGCAGAUGAAUAUUCUUAGGGCGGUAUGCAAUAAAAAUAAUAUUUUCCUGACUCAACUGCCUUCAAUUGGAAGUAGCUAGAGACUCCGGUAUGGCGCACUAUCGACAUCCGGACCGGACAUUUCCUAAAUAAACUGAAUGGGAUUGGUAUGCAACGUGAUAUAAUCCACAGAGGAUGCAAUUAAGCAGAACACGGUCCACAUUUGUGUAAUAAUGAAACAGUGUAAUGCCUCAGAAAACGAGGUAUCUAAGUUAAAUUUAACUUAUCCUUAGAACAAGUUGGCUGGAAACAUCCUACCCUUAAUGGAGGUAAUUUUCCCAGGAAGAAUUCCUCUUUUUAAAUACUGUUCCUUUAAAUUUAAUCAGGGGCCCAUCAAGCCUAAUAAAAAGUGAAGCUAUUUUUCACUUUUCCUUGUAAAAAUGUAGCAGAUAUUGCACCGCAACUUAAACAAAUUUGCUCAAAGUUCUUGUAUUAUAUCGGCGAACAUUAUGAAAAAUGUAUUUUUAGAUAGCUUUUAAUGUAUAAUUUCGAAAUAUAUCAAACUGAUAAGUCAAUUCUGUUUAGGAAAAAACUUGCCAAUAGUCUUCAGUGCCUCUAUGCAAAAACGUAUGGAAAAAUGAAAUGUAGAUAGGCCCCUGAUUUAAUUCUACAAUGUUCAAUGAGAUUCUUAAUAAUCUCACCUACUUUGUUUUAUUAUUAAUUUUACUAAAAAGAAA